AUGUCGUCAACCACUAGUGGAAAAACUGCAGCAACAUUGUCUCCUCUUCUGUUAAGGAAGGGUAUAAAAGGAAUAGCUGGGGACGUAAAGUCCGUCAAACCUUUGGGAUCUGGCGAUCUACUAAUCGAAGUUUUUCGCAAACAACAGGCGAUUAACCUACUGGGUACCACAAGUUUUGGAGGUAUCAGUGUUAUAGUGAAACCACACCCAUCACUAAACAGCAGCAAGGGGGUAAUCAGAUGCCCCGCCCUGCGCAAUGACGCUGAUGCCGCCAUACUGGAGUACUUCCAGGAGGAGGAGAUCACAGUCUCUGAGGUACGACGGAUUUUGUCCAAGAAAAACAAUAAGUUGGUUCCAACAGACACGUUUGUACUGACCUUUGCUACCCCAUCACUGCCUUCGGCCGUAGUGAUUGGUUACCAAAGGUGCAGUGUCUCCGUCUACAUCCCUAAUCCACUAAGAUGCCGUAAUUGCCAGAAGUACGGGCAUCCUUAA